CCUCUUCACGCAGUGCUUGCCUCUCCUGCCCCUUCAGCAACACCUAUCCCAGGAUAUGCCUUCAAGCCUCCACCGCGGCCCGACUUCGGGACCUCGGGAAGAACAAUCAAACUACAGGCCAACUUCUUUGAAAUGGACAUCCCCAAAAUUGACAUCUAUCACUAUGAAUUGGAUAUCAAGCCAGAGAAAUGCCCAAGGAGAGUUAACAGGGAAAUAGUGGAGCACAUGGUCCAGCACUUUAAAACACAGAUCUUUGGGGAUCGGAAGCCAGUGUUCGAUGGAAGGAAGAAUCUUUACACGGCGAUGCCCCUUCCAAUCGGGAGGGAUAAGAUGGAGCUGGAGGUCACGCUGCCGGGGGAAGGCAAGGACCGCAUCUUCAAGGUGUCCAUCAAGUGGGUGUCCUGUGUGAGCCUGCAGGCGUUACACGAUGCACUUUCGGGACGGCUGCCCAGUGUCCCCUUUGAGACGAUCCAGGCGCUGGACGUGGUCAUGCGGCAUUUGCCCUCAAUGAGGUACACCCCGGUGGGCCGUUCCUUCUUCACUGCGUCCGAGGGCUGCUCCAACCCGCUUGGCGGGGGCCGAGAGGUGUGGUUCGGCUUCCAUCAGUCCGUCCGACCGUCUCUUUGGAAAAUGAUGCUGAACAUCGAUGUGUCGGCCACGGCUUUUUACAAGGCACAGCCGGUGAUUGAGUUUGUUUGUGAAGUUUUGGAUUUUAAAAGUAUUGAAGAACAACAAAAACCUCUGACAGAUUCCCAAAGGGUAAAGUUUACCAAAGAAAUUAAAGGUCUAAAGGUGGAGAUCACGCACUGUGGGCAGAUGAAGAGGAAGUACCGCGUCUGCAACGUCACCCGGCGCCCUGCCAGCCACCAGACGUUCCCGCUGCAGCAGGAGAGCGGGCAGACGGUGGAGUGCACGGUGGCCCAGUACUUCAAGGACAGGCACAAGCUGGUUCUGCGCUACCCCCACCUCCCAUGUUUACAAGUCGGGCAGGAGCAGAAACACACCUACCUUCCCUUGGAGGUCUGUAACAUAGUGGCGGGACAGAGAUGUAUAAAAAAGUUAACAGACAAUCAGACCUCAACCAUGAUCAGAGCAACGGCCAGAUCGGCCCCCGAUCGGCAGGAGGAGAUCAGUAAAUUGAUGCGAAGUGCAAGCUUCAACACCGACCCCUAUGUCCGUGAAUUUGGAAUCAUGGUCAAAGAUGAGAUGACAGAUGUGACGGGGAGGGUCCUGCAGCCACCCUCCAUCCUGUAUGGGGGCAGGAACAAAGCGAUCGCCACCCCUGUGCAGGGCGUGUGGGACAUGAGGAACAAGCAGUUCCACACAGGCAUUGAGAUCAAGGUGUGGGCCAUCGCCUGCUUUGCACCCCAGCGCCAGUGCACCGAAGUCCAUCUUAAAUCCUUCACCGAGCAGCUCAGAAAGAUCUCAAGAGACGCAGGGAUGCCCAUCCAGGGCCAGCCCUGCUUCUGCAAGUACGCCCAGGGUGCGGACAGCGUGGAGCCCAUGUUCCGUCACCUGAAGAACACCUAUGCCGGCCUGCAGCUCGUGGUUGUCAUCCUGCCUGGCAAGACCCCUGUUUACGCCGAAGUCAAGCGUGUGGGAGACACGGUGUUGGGCAUGGCCACGCAGUGCGUGCAGAUGAAGAACGUGCAGCGAACCACGCCGCAGACGCUGUCCAACCUCUGCUUGAAGAUCAACGUCAAGCUGGGGGGCGUCAACAACAUCCUGCUGCCCCAGGGCAGGCCUCCUGUGUUCCAGCAGCCUGUGAUCUUUCUCGGAGCCGAUGUCACCCACCCGCCUGCUGGGGACGGGAAGAAGCCGUCCAUCGCCGCCGUUGUGGGCAGCAUGGACGCACACCCCAACCGCUACUGUGCCACGGUGCGCGUGCAGCAGCACCGGCAGGAGAUCAUCCAGGACCUGGCAGCCAUGGUGCGCGAGCUGCUCAUCCAGUUCUACAAGUCUACACGCUUCAAGCCCACCCGCAUCAUCUUCUACCGUGACGGUGUCUCCGAGGGCCAGUUCCAGCAGGUCCUCCACCAUGAGUUGCUGGCCAUCCGCGAGGCCUGCAUCAAGCUGGAGAAGGACUACCAGCCGGGGAUCACGUUCAUCGUGGUGCAGAAGAGGCACCACACGCGGCUCUUCUGCACUGACAAGAACGAGCGGGUUGGGAAGAGUGGGAACAUUCCAGCAGGCACCACGGUGGACACAAAAAUCACCCACCCGACAGAGUUUGAUUUCUACCUGUGCAGCCACGCCGGCAUCCAGGGGACGAGCAGGCCCUCUCACUACCACGUCCUUUGGGAUGACAAUCGCUUCUCCUCGGAUGAGCUGCAGAUUCUCACCUACCAGCUGUGUCACACCUACGUGCGUUGCACGCGCUCCGUGUCCAUCCCAGCGCCAGCCUACUACGCUCACCUGGUGGCCUUCCGGGCCAGGUACCAUCUGGUGGAUAAAGAACACGACAGUGCCGAAGGAAGCCAUACCUCUGGGCAGAGCAACGGGCGCGACCACCAGGCCCUGGCCAAGGCAGUCCAGGUCCACCAGGACACACUGCGCACCAUGUACUUUGCCUGAUGUGUAGCGUUGAGCGGUGCGUGAUGCCCACGGAUUCACACGAGACCAGCUACUCAGACCAACAGCCGCCCAGCCCUUCCGCCACAGCCAGCAUCGAACAUGAGACGUCAUUGGUGUUACUCAAUUCUCCAUUUUCCAGAAUGCCUUCCGUCCCAGAUUUCAGACUUGGAUUUUGAACUGCAGACCUGUAAGAGACCCCCAUUAUCGUAGGAAAUAUGGUUUGCCAAAAUCUAGAAGCUGCUUAUUAAAAUAGAGUCCCGUGUUUCCUAAAAAAAAAAAAAAAAAAAAAAAAA